AUGUGCUCCAUUCAUCAAGCGAUAACUCGACGGAAUUCUCGACAAGUGCACCUUCUCGCAAAAGUGGGAUGCAACGUAAAUAGAUUUGAUUCUUGCAUGCAUACACCAAUGCGCCUGGUUUGUGACCUGGAUAACGAGCCUUUGGGGCUAUCCCUGGGGCGCCUUUUGCUUCACCACGGCGCCAGGGUCCACCAGAAGGAUGCGUUCGGCAUUUCAGUGUUUUCUUACGCAUGCAUCAAACAGCGCGUCAAGUUGGUGCAAUGCAUGAUCCAGGAAAGAGAGAUUGCCUGGCUGGAUCAAGACUGCAAUGGCAACACAGCUCUACAUCAUGCAGCAGCGACUGGUAAUUGCCUGAUUACACAGGCGAUUAUUGAGCAAAUGAGAAGAUAUGGCUUAGACAUUGACAAGAGAAACAAUCGCGGUGAAACACCACUGAUUUUAGCAGAAAGACAUGGACAAUUUUGGUGCGCUGAGCUUCUUCAGGUCAGCGGCAAAGCUAGCACUAAAGCACGUGAUGACGUCAUGUUUAAGAAUGCUGAGCAAUGGAGAUACACCCGCACAGAACUGACGCCAUUAAAGCUUUCAUCUUCCUUUCGGUUAGAAAAAUCAACAUAAUUUUUGCUUAAUUUGUUAUUAAAUACCACAUCAUUUUUCACCCUCCUGGUACUGCAUUUCACCCUCCUAAUCCUCCUCACUGACUGUCAUACACAUUUUUUUAUGGCGCUAUUCAGGAGACUUGCAGUGAGUUUAUAGGAGGGAAUUGUCAGUACAACUUUGAAGAUCCUUAGAGGGAAAGAACUAUUCAAGGAAGAAAGAGAAAAGAGAGGAUUGCAUUUGUUCUUCCCUUUGAUUUCCCUCCUGUAUCUGGAGGAGGACGUCAAAAGACAUUUUUAGACCUUUUCGUAGACUAAAACUAGUUUUCAGGAAAUGAGGCAAGGAAUAUAUAUUCAGGUUAGCCUACGUAGCUGGCGGAAUUAUUCGUCCUCGUGAGUGAGAUUUUGGCAGAGAAGCUGCCAUUCACAGCGAGAAGAAAACGCCGAAGGGGCGAACGAGAUCCCCAUUCUACGCGGAGACUGGCAACUUCUCUAUAUCACCACCUCUGCCUCGAUACGCGCUGACGUGACGAAUCCGCCAGCUACGCAGGCUAGUAUAUAGGUUUAAAAACGUUAAUUUAAGGGCCACCAUGGUUGUUUUCAUUUUGUUCUUGCUUUUAAGCGCAAAGUUUCCGAAGGUGUCCAAACAGCUCUUAGUAAACAAUAACACCAAGAGACCAAAUUCACCAAAUCAGAAAACGCACCUCUUUGGAGAAGGGAAAAAGCAAAUUGCUAACGCGGGUAAGUCGAAUCGACAUAGCUCAUCAUUAGGGAACUUACGCAAAGACGUUUUUGAGCCACGCACUUUAACCGGAAGCGAACUUUCUUCAUUCUUAGGCAGUUCCUUGGGCGGUGGUUUUUGCCCAAAGUUUGACGCAAAUCGUCUGUAUAAGAGUAUGGACAGAGAGAAAAUCAAAUUUGGUAGCGUUAGGGCGUAUUACAAGAGGAGAACGCAUCACUUCCGGUUGACGGGCGGCGCUCAAAACGUCUUUGCUUAACUAUCACAAACAGUGUUAAAAAAGGGUUUUCAAACAUUGUUUUUUAGUUCCCGGCUAGUAUUUACUACUGAAAACAAUGCAUGAUCUACGCAAUACUGUGCCCCUCUCGAGGAGAAGGGUUAGGAGAGAGGCCACGCCCUGCUCUCGCUAAUGUGGACCUGGGUUCAAGUCCCGGCGUCGACGGGUAGGUAGCAUAAGCAAAGACAUUUUUGAGCGAAGGAUGGCAACUGGAAGUGACUCCUCUUCCCUUUUAUUAAGCCUUGACGCUAACAAAUUUGUAUUACUGAGUGUCUUUACUUUUGUAGAGAGGAUUUGCCCGAAAAUUUGGGCAGAACCACCGCCUAAGGGUGAAAAAAUUUCCACCUUCGGUUACCGUCCGUCGUUGAAACGCUCGCUAUCCGUUGGUUAUGGCCUUUGCUUCGUGAAGGUUUUCCCUCUUCUCAAGAAACAACAUUUCCAAAUUCCAAUUUGAUCAGGAGGGUGGGACGAGUAUUGCUACCUCUUAAAGACUAUUACAAUUAUUACAAUUAUUAUUUCUUUUGACCGUUCACAGAAAAAUCGGUGAAACGAGAAGCUAUACCAAAACUGCUAAAGCUACUCAAGGAACAACAGAAUGACACCUUCCGAGCAGCAGCUAAACCUCCGUUUAACAGCAACGAAAAUUUCGACGAACUUCGGGACUCGUCGGAAGAUGAAAAUAGCCGAGUAAAAGGCGAACAAGUGACAAGAAUGAAACGAAGAGCUUUCUCGUUCGCUGGCUUACCUGUAUUAGCUUCCAACACGAUAAAAAAACAGGGUGAGGGUGUUUAUAGCAACAUGACUUUUAAGCAAGGUAGUGACGCAAACAAAGUUCACAAGUCGUUGAGGAGAAGAUCAUAA